AUGAUGGCGCCUCAAGGUUCUUUGACGAAGUUGUACUCCGAGUUUAUCACCUCGCCCAAGAGAGAUUCCCUGCAUAGUCAGGCCGGUCUCCAUUACAUCGGCAGCACCGGGAGCUCCUUUCAAUCCGGUGAUGCCAUCAUCAACCAUCUCAAGAGAGAGGCUGGAUGGUACACCAAGAAGGAACAGAAGAUUCUAUCUUCUGUUGAAAGCCACAAUUCCGUCGUCGUCGAAAUCUCAAAUGUGAUUGAAUUCACCAAUGGCGGUGGAAUGCUGCUGCCUAACCUGGACGACAAUUUUGUAACCGAUCAAACUGUCACUCUUCCCAUGGUCCACAUCGUUCAAUUCGAAGACGGCGUGAUCAAGCAAAUCCGCCAAUAUUGGGAUCAGGCCAGUCUUCUCAAGCAGCUCGGCGUCAUCGGUAAAUCCGGCAAAAACUGGCCAAUCCGUUCCGGUGAAGAGCAGGUCAAGCUCAUCAAAGCGUCUGUCAGCUCCGUCGCCGAAUCCGCUGCCGAUGCAAGCGAAUCUGCUUCAACACGUCCUUCGUCCAAGGGUAGUAACCAGUCGGGACGUGAAAGCAUCCAGCUUUUUGCACCAAGAGAGCUUGACGAAGAUGUCUUCAAACCAGCCGUAGCUCCUCCUCGUGGCAGCAUCAAACCUCCAGGCCGUCAACUCCAUGAUAUCAUUGGUGAAGACGGCGACGCCCCAGUUCAACCUACUCCAAAGGGUAGCACCGGAACUGGCCCUCGUCGUACCUUCUUUGUCGGCCAGGAAAUCGAUGAGACCAAUUCUACGCCCGACCGUAAGGUCACCGUCAAUCAUAACAAGUUCAAGCAUUUCGAGUUGGAACAUAACCCAGAGAAGGACGCCGAAACUCCAAAGCCCAGCGCCCCCAAACGUACUAGCAUCUACACCAAAGCCGGAUCCUCUUGGGAUUUCGCUGAUUUCGCUACUCCCGAGAAGCGUCCAACCAAGGUUUCUGCUCAGAAUGCUCGUACUAUGACUUGGAGCGACGACGAGGCAGAGACCUCUCCAGUCCAACCACAGCAGGCUAAGCCUCUUCCUCGAAAAGGUCUCAGCUCUCAGUUUGAAAUUGUCGACGAGACUCCAAAGAAGGCUAAUGGACCUACUCGUGAGCCGUAUGUUCGCAUGGGCAACAAGUCCAACUUCGCCUUGACCGAUGACUCUCCAAAUAAUGGAACCGAGAAGAAGGCCGGUGUCCCACAGGCCCGUCAAACCGUCGUCGAUAGUAUGGAAGCCAACUGGAGCAACACCUCACCACUUGGAGAAGCCAAACCUGCUGCCAACUUCGGGAUCAGCACCAGGGGCGACGGCAUGGGUGGCAAGAAGGGCGCUAGCCGUCACUGGGACUUUGAGGAUGAGACUCCAAAGAAAGCUAAUGGCGCUGGAAUCAAUCCCUCUGGCAACGGAAUCAAGACCUCUGGCAACGGAAUGGGUGGACGAAUGGGCUCUGAACGCGCCUGGGCCUUUGGCCAUGAGGAUGAAGAUGCCAAUGUUCACAAGCCCGUUUAUAAGACUGCUAACGACGGCAUGGGUGGUCGAAAGGCUACCGGUCGCGGUUGGGGAUUCGACGAAGUUGAAGAGGAUGAAAAGCCAGUCAAGAAGGAGAAUGCUAGCUUCCGUACCCAGAGCAAGCCCACCAGCGACUUCUGGUCUUUCUAA